AUGAGCAGCAGCAGCAACAGCAGCUGGGCAUGCGCGCCAGAAGGAUGCUCCUCGUCGUCUUCCUCAUCCUCCGCAGCCGCCGCCGGCGCCCAUCUCAAGAAAUACAAAGGAGUUCGCCGCCGGAAAUGGGGGAAGUGGGUGUCAGAGAUCAGAGUCCCGGGGACGCAGGGCCGCCUCUGGCUGGGGUCCUACGCCACCGCGGAGGCGGCCGCCAUGGCCCACGACAUCGCCUUCUUCUGCCUCCGAGGACCCUCCUCGCCCGACGGCCUCAACUUCCCUCAUUGUCUGCCACCCGGCCUCCGCACCGACAUGUCCCCCAGGUCCAUCCAGAAGGUGGCCUCUGACGCCGGCACCGCCAUUGACGCUCAGCUCCUCGUCAGGCUGUCGCCGGCAGAAACCACCGAGAUGCAUGCAGCGGUUGGAGUGCAGGAGGGAGAGGUUUGGGAAGAAGAGAAUUAUAACGAUUAUGGGAACAAUAAUAAUAAUAAUGCUACUACUACUACUACGUGGGAGGGAAGUGGGGAGGGCUUGAGCAUUUCCGUUGAAGAUUAUCUUUAUCAGUGA